AAAAGGUCACUCUUCUUUCAUUUCCUUCCCUUUUCUUUCUUUCCUUUCCGCUCGAUCCAAACGCACUCCAAACGGAACUCGAGUGCAUAUCAGAGUUGCAAUGAUAAAAUUCUGGUCUUGUCCAAUACUUCUCUGAAUCGGAAGAAUAAUCUGACAGUAAGAGCGUUGAGAGCAGAGGUACAAAUUCUGGGGAUGGGAGGGAACACCGCCGACGAAGAUUUGCUCCUCAAGAACUUCUUCGCCGAGGUGAGCGAGGUUGAGCGCGGCAACGAAGUCGUCAGGAUCCUUUCGUGCUUCAAGUUAAAUGCAUUCGAGUAUCUUAACCUACCAUUUGAUUCAUCCCCGGAAGAUGUGAAAAAGCAAUACCGCAAGUUAUCUUUACUGGUUCAUCCUGACAAAUGCAACCAUCCGCAAGCGAAGGAGGCGUUUGCUGCAUUGGCAAAAGCACAACAACUAUUACUUGAUCCUCAAGAAAGAGAAUAUCUUCUUAGCCAAAUUAAUGCAGGAAAAGAAGAACUUCGAGCAAAGAGGAAAAAGCAGCUGAAGAAAGACACUGCUUCUAAGAUAAAGUCAUUAGUUGAUGAGGGAAAAUAUGAACAAGAAUUUGAACGAUCAGAUGAGUUUCAGCAGCAGCUAAAAUUGAAGGUUCGAGAACUAUUAACAGAACACGAAUGGCGGAGGAGAAAAAUGCAGAUGAGGAUAUCAGAAGAGGAAGGUAGAUUGAAGAAGGAUGAGGAAGAAGCAAAGGAAGUAUUGAAAAGAAAGCGUGAACAUGAGGAGCAGUGGGAAGGGACAAGAGAACAAAGGGUUUCAAGCUGGAGAGAUUUUAUGAAGGGUGGAAAGAAGGUCAAGAAAGGAGAGAUUCGACCACCAAAACUGAAGACAGAAGACCCAAAUAAAUCUUAUGUUCAACGGCCUGUGAAGCGAGGUUAGACGGCACAUAAGAGCUUUGAUGGCAUUUGCUCAGAUUGACAAUUGAAUUGGUGGAAGUUUAUGAAGGUAUCUAGGGCAGGAUGAUAGGAAGUUUACGACCGUCUGUGCAAAGUCUUGUUGUUCCAUCGGAGGUGCUUGAAACACUGUAUCUUCAACCUCGUUCAGUUAAUCUAUAUCCCUGCAAUCUUGAUAGGACAAUUAAUGUAGAUCAUAUGUUCGAUAUAAGUAGUGUCUCCCAAGUAAGUUGCACUUAAAAUCCAAUAUUCUAGAGGUCACACAGAUACUUUAUGUUAAGAGCUUAUCUGUUUGUAUAAUAUUCCUAUGGUAAAUUAGAAAAUCAUUGAAUAGACUAA